ACGCGCAUGCGCACAAAUCCAUUCCCCGCGCUCCUCGCUUGCUCCGUGUUGUGUGUGCCGGCUUGUGCGUAGAUUAAAAGUCCACUCGAUAAUCUCCGUGUGCUGGGCUGUCCAGCCAUGAUCGUCGAGUUGUGAGUGUUGGACCGAUCGACGCGUGACACCGGCCGCUAGGAAAGAUGGCCCAUCGGAGCAUCGUGCGGACCAGCAAGUUCCGACACGUGUUCGGCCAGGCCCUGAAGCGGGAGCAGUGCUAUGACAACAUCCGCAUCACCAAGCAGUCAUGGGACUCCAACUUUUGCGCCGUCAACCCCAAGUUCCUGGCCAUCAUCAUUGAGGCUGCAGGAGGAGGCGCCUUCAUGGUGCUGCCUCUAAACAAGACGGGACGGGUGGAUGUGAACCAGCCGCUGGUGGCGGGCCACAAGGGGCCUGUGCUGGACAUUGCCUGGUGCCCGUUCAACGACAACGUGAUAGCGAGUGCCUCGGACGACGCGCUGGUGCGGGUCUGGCACAUCCCCAACCUGGGGCUGGUGCGGCCCCUCACCGAGCCCCUCGUCGAGCUGCCCGGCCACGAGCGCCGCGUGGGGCAGGUCCUCUGGCACCCGUCGGCCAACAACGUGCUGCUCAGCGUCGGGCAGGACUGCAAGAUCAUCAUCUGGAACGUGGGGUUGGGGGAGAUCCUGUCGGUGAUUGACCACCCGGACGUGGUGUUCAGCUGUGCCUGGAACUGGGACGGCAGCCGCAUCGUCACCACCUGCAAGGACCGCAAGAUCCGGGUGUACAACCCGCGCUCGGGCACCGUCGAAGUGGAAGACUUUGGGCACGAGGGGGCCAAGCCCCAGAAGGCGGUGUACCUGCGGGACGGCCUCAUCUUCACCACGGGCUUCUCGAGGAUGAGCGAGCGCCAGUACGCCCUCCGGGUCGAGUCCGAGCUGUCCCAGCCGGUGAUUCUCGAGGAACUGGACACGAGCAACGGGGUGCUGCAGCCUUUCUACGACCCAGACGUGAACCUGCUCUACCUCUGCGCCAAGGGGGACAGCAACAUCCGCUACUUCGAGGUGACGGACGAGCCGCCGUUUGUGCACUACAUCAGCACCUACCAGUCGACGGAGCCCCAGCGGGGGCUGUGUGCCAUGCCCAAGCGCGGAUGCGACGUCCACCAGUGCGAGAUUGCCAGGUUCUACAAGCUGCAUUCGAAAGGCCUCUGCGAAGUGAUCUCGUUCACAGUUCCACGAAAGUCGGACCUGUUCCAGCAAGACCUGUACCCGGAGACGGCGGGGGACACGCCGGCCAUCUCUGCCGAGGAGUGGGCCGAGGGCAAGGACGCCGACCCCGUCCUGAUCAGCCUGAAGGAAGGGUACACGGCUAGCACCAAGCAGGACUUUGCUGUGGCCAAGAAGCCCAACAUCCUGAAUAAGAUGCCCGAGAAGAGAACCAGCGAUUCCUCUGCGGCCAGUGUGCCGGCGGGCAAGCUGGACGAACUGCUCGAAGAGGUGCGCAAGCUCAAGACCCUGGUGGUGAAGCACGACCGGCGAAUCAAAGAGCUGGAGGCGCGCCUGGAAGGGGGCCCGCCUCCGGAGAGGCCCCCCACCCCUCCCACCCCCCCACCCGGCAACAACAACAACAACAACAGCAGCGUCGUCUAGCCACCCGCCAGGGGAGCACUUCCAGACGUCCGAGCAAGGCUCUCGAAAGGAUCGUCCGGGCGGCGCACGAGCCUCGCAAUGCCAUCUCCAUCCUUGGGGUCGUCGGACGCGUCGCCGUCGGAUGGUACGAUCGAGGGGAGCCUCUCGUGCGGUCGUUCUUGGGACUGGAGAAAGGGUCCCCGGGGGCCGUUGUGCGACGGGUGGGGCUCGCGGUUGCCGGCCCGCGUCUCGCGACGUCCCUCCUGCGACGGCGGCACGCCCCGUCUCUCUCCGGCCCCCUUUCCCCUCGCCCCGGCCUAAGCAGGCUUUCAAGCCGCCUGCCCACUCGCGAAUGCAGGCUUGCCCGUCGAAUUUACGCCCGCUUGUUUUUUAAUCGCAGCCUUUUUAAGCUAAUUUUGCGGCUUUUCCGCCGAGAAUCGUGCGAGGACCGAGUGCACUUGUGCCGCCCAAACUCUCGACAAGCGAUUGAGCCCGCGUUUGUUUCGGGCCUCUAGGGCUUCGCAAACUCGUCCCGCGUCUGAGGCGUUCUUUCCCGUGUUUUGUACAGCAAAUGGUAGAGAGUCGGUCGGGCCUUUGUCGACCAAAUGCCAUUGGUGCUCCCCCCGGGAGCAUUUGUUUUCUUCUGCCUUUCGUCGUCUACUCGCGCCAAACUAGUCUGUCGCGACAGUGGCGCAACCAGUUCGUUUUUUUUUUUUCGCUUCUUUGCCAAACUAGCAGUCCAUGGUUUGGAGCACCGGGGAGUCCAGUAAGCCCCCGGAGCCGUCUUUGAGUUGCUGGGCUUGCAAUGGACGGAUGGGGGAGGCACUGAGUUGCUAUUUGACGGCCGUCAUCCGGAGUGUGCUCUCUGGAAGACGUUGAGCAGGGUCUUGCCAAAACGGCGGUUUUUCUCGAGUAGGCUGACCGGGAUCCUCGAAGGGGAGGCGCCCCCGACUUCUGUGACAGUGGACCGCUUCUGGUGGCAAAGCUACGUCCAAGGAAUGGACGGACAAUCGAGUUUCACAGCGUUUUGACCAAAGAUCUUCUGCCAUGCCAAGUGGAACAUAGAACAGUUAUUCUGGGUCAUUUAGAGCCAGUUUAAAAAAAAUUGUAGUUGAUUCCUGCAAGUCGGUAAACUUAGUAAAAAAAAUGUGUAGGGGAAGGAAGGUGUUUGCCAAAUGAAAGUACAUAAACGGCUGUAAACUAUAAUCUCCGCAAUAAAAUAGCUCAUUUACAGGCUGUCUGCAACAUAUAAACAGUCUCACCUCCUGCUCGCCGGUGUGCGAAACAUUGGACCCAUUUAAUUGCCAGUCCCUCGUUGGGGGGUUCCUCAUUGGCUUUAACAUCAACUUGCUCGUCGCUCGUCCCACAAUUUUUUCUGGAAAAGAAACAGUGCCUUACAUUUACCCGAGGCAGAAAAAGAGACCUCUGGGAUGCUCAGUCACCCUACUCAAGAGAAAAACCCGUGAUGCCACGCGUGUGCGUCCGGUUAACUUGAUCUUUUCUACGCCGAGUGCCGUCUGUUCAUUUUCCGAGUUCUGAGGUCUGCAUACACGAGUAGCUGCUGUCGCUUCCGACCGUCUCGAGCAGAAAGUAGCUGUACGACACAACCGACCAGCCAGAUCGCAACCACGGUGAGAUUUUGCUCGUCGCCCCGCUCAAAAGAGGCCCGUCUAAAGCAGUAAAGAGGCGCAUCGCCAAUAUUUUUUUUAAUGUCCGCCAAGGGACUACCAGAUCUAGCACGGCGUAAGCAAAGGCCGGUCUGCCCACCGAAAGAUCCACCUCUCCCAAAACUAUUUUUUCCUCGGGGAAGCGUCGUGAAACAGACUGUUCUGCUUCUAUGGUUCAAGGCACUCCGUUUUGUCUACUAUAAGUAUCGCAAUUGCUCAAGUGUGAAGAAACUGCCGGUAACAUAAACCCGUCGAACAAAGACGUCUUGGGUGCCUGUGUAAAGUACGGUUCUGGGCAUUUUUCGCUCGAUGGGCCACGGUUGGGGACCGAGCGUGCCGUUGAGGCCAACUUGCCGCCUACUCUCACGCGGCCGAUUCAGCCAAAACUUCUGCCUUCGGCACCCAGUUUUUCUGGGGCCGCCGGGCAGACGUAAGCUUUGCCACAGCAGGCACGUGUCUCGAGCAUGGCCGCUGGGAGUAGUUUAUAGAGGUGUGCGAAUGUCAAACUUUUUAUUGCGGAUCAAAUACGAAUACUAAACUAAUUGCAAAUUGAAUGCAAAUAUUAAAAUUUGACUGAAUCAAGUACAAGUACUGAAAUUUUACUCGAUGUCUAAUAUAUAGGAAUAUAAACAAUAAAAUUUGAAAAAUGGAAUAUUUUCUAAUCUGAAUAUCUUACGUUUAAUGCGAGUUCAGCCUGGACGCCUUAGCAAACCAACCAUGGCUGGAUUUUUUUCUAGAAAACGUGCCUACGAAAAAGAAGAGUUUUAGUGCGUGAGAAACAUUUAGCGUAGCUUGCGUUAAGAAAAGGAAAAAGGUCCCAAUAAGGGGCGUUGGGUUAAACAUAAGGUCACAUGAGGAGCGAAGCAAGGACUACCUUGUCGAUUUGAAUAUAUGUUUAUGUUCUUUUUUUCGGCACUGCCCUUUAAACUUGUGGGUCAAACUCUAAUUACAACCAAAGAAAGUUGAUCUAAUGGUGAGUGAAAUUUUUGAGACAAUCUAGCCAGCCAAGAUGCUUCGACAUGUCGGCUGUUUUCGAGCGUCUGCUAGCACGCUGGUGCCUAGCAGUGAAGCUCGACGCAGGAAACCGAAAAAUUCCGAAGCCAUCUUGCGCAAUUUUCGAAUAUUCGAAAGAACUCUGAGCAGUAAAAGCGAGCUGCACGUUAAACUGAAUAGCAAACGGUAUUUGCGAGUUUGAAGUUUCUCGUAUUCGCACACCUCGAGUAGUUCGGUUGAAAAUGGGACGGCGACGCGGUUUUGCGCGCCCGGCAAUUGGGUUCUGGGUUGCGGGGCGUCGGCAGCAGUGCACGCAGUCUGCCCGUCGCGUAACCCUGCUCGUCGGCGUGGCCUUCCGGCGAAGGCGCACGUGGCAGAAGUUUCUCGAGUGCCUUUUUUUUGGAGAGUCUGGGUCUGCCAUCUAGUCCUUUGUGUUUGUUUGAGACAGUGAUGCUGUUUUUCCGAGUUCACUGUACCUGGGGAUGAAUGAAACCCUAGCUGCCGAAGAAAAUAAAAAUAAAUAAAAGGUUGUCUCCUC